AUGCCCCAAGCCGUUGGGACACAGCUGUCCCGCCCAUGCAGGACCAACAUAAAAACCAGCCCAGUGCUGCUGUCCCUCACACACUUCUCCUGUCACCUACUCCUGCUCCUGCUGACAACAACAGGGACCCUCCACACCACACCCAUGGCCUGCUACGACAUCUGCCGUCCCUGCGGACCCACCCCGCUGGCCAACAGCUGCAACGAGCCCUGUGCCCUGCAAUGCCAGGACUCCCGCGUCAUCAUCAACCCUUCCCCCGUGCUGGUCACCCUGCCAGGACCCAUCAUGACCUCCUUCCCCCAGAACACCGCCGUAGGAUCCACCUCCUCAGCUGCUGUUGGCGCUGAACUCAAUGCCCAGGGACAGCCCAUCUCUGGUGGAUUUGGCUUUGGUGGAUUUGGUGGCUUUGGUGGAUUUGGCUAUGGCCUUGGCUAUGGCCGUGGAUUUGGCUAUGGGUUGGGAGGCCUGGGCUGCUAUGGCAGAAGGGGUGGCUACAACUGCUAA